UCAUUUCCUUGCUGCUCCGGGGAUGGGGGCGGUCGAGAGGAAUCUGCGGUUUUCUCACAACUUGCCUCGAACCGGAUGCAUCUGCAUUAAACAGGCCGGCCCUGGGAGACUGGAAGCGUCGCGGUUUCGGGGUCAAAGCUGGAAAUAAGUAAACACGGGGUAUUCGCAGAGAAAUUAAAAAAUGUCCCGAAAGCUGCGGCCCAACGAAGUGUGCGCCGACUGCAGCGCCUCAGAUCCAGGCUGGGCAUCGAUAAAUCGUGGAGUGCUAGUUUGUGACGAGUGUUGCAGUGUUCAUCGAAGUCUUGGUCGACAUAUUUCAAUGGUGAAACAUCUCCGACACAGCUCCUGGUCUCCAACACUGUUACAUAUGGUACAGACCCUAGCAAGCAAUGGAGCCAAUUCGAUCUGGGAACACUCUCUGCUUGAUCCAGCCCAGGUACAAAGUGGAAGGCGCAAACCAAACCCUCAGGAUAAAGUACAUCCUACCAAGGCGGAAUUCAUAAGAGCCAAAUAUCAGAUGUUGGCAUUUGUACACAAACUGCCGUGUCGUGAUGAUGAUGGUGUUACCACAAAGGAUCUGAGUAAGCAAUUGCACUCCAGUGUACGAACAGGGAAUUUGGAGACGUGUAUCAGGCUACUCUCCCUGGGAGCACAGGCCAAUUUCUUUCAUCCGGAGAAAGGUACCACUCCCUUGCAUGUAGCUGCCAAAGCGGGACAAAUACAUCAAGCUGAACUUCUGGUUGUUUAUGGUGCAGAUCCUGGAGCACCUGAUGUCAAUGGUAGAACGCCAAUAGAUUAUGCCCGACAAGCAAAUCACCAUGAGCUUGCUGACAGACUGGUAGAGUGUCAAUAUGAGCUUACGGACAGAUUAGCAUUUUAUCUUUGUGGGCGGAGGCCAGAUCACAAAAAUGGGCAUUAUGUCAUCCCCCAAAUGGCUGAUAGAACACGGCAAAAAUGCAUGACCCAGAGUAGCUUGGACUUAUCAGAACUAGCUAAGGCAGCCAAAAAGAAACUUCAAGCACUGAAUAACCGACUUUUUGAAGAACUUGCGAUGGAUGUUUAUGAUGAAGUUGAUCGCCGCGAGAAUGACGCAGUGUGGCUGACCACACAGAACCAUAGCACUUUAGUGACCGAGCGUAGUGCUGUACCCUUUCUUCCAGUUAACCCAGAAUAUUCUGCAACUAGGAACCAGGGACGACAAAAGCUUGCUAGGUUUAAUGCCCGGGAGUUUGCAACCCUGAUUAUUGACAUUCUUAGCGAUGCAAAGAGGAGGCAGCAUGGAAAGACGCUAGGUAGUCCGACGGAAACUGUAGAUUAUCUUCUGCGGAACCAGAAUGACCGUCCUGACAGUGAUUUUGGAGAUGAUCAGCAUGAUUAUGAUAGUGUAGCUUCGGAUGAGGACACAGACGCUGAAUUGCACCGAAACGCAUCCUCGUCCAGAAACAACAGAGCUAAGAGCAUGGAUUCAUCUGACUUGUCAGAUGGUCCAAUAACACUGCAGGAGUAUUUGGAGGUGAAGAAAGCUUUGGCUGCAUCUGAGGCUAAGGUUCAACAACUAAUGAAAGUAAAUAACAACCUAAGUGAGGAACUGCGCAGACUUCAGCUGCAGAUUAACAAACUGCAGACAGAGAAUGCACAAAUGAAGCAACAAACUCCUAGUCUGCAUCCAUCAGCAGCUGCCAGUGACCGCCAGGAGCUUGCCCCUCACACAAGUACAAAUAGACGCGAUCGGCAAGCUGUUUCCAUGUAUGAAACCAGAUCUGGGCAGAAAUCUUUUGGACAAACUACCGAUGAUAUUGUCACAAGACUUCAGCCUUUGGACUGCAGUAUUCGCAGGGGUGUCUCCGUGACCUCUGUACCCUUUCCCUUCUCUGCACAGCACUCCUGUUCACAGGACUGCGGCAGAUCCGUGGUUAAGUACCAUCUCAGUUGGGCUCAAGUGUCCAAACUAGACAAACGUGGCAGCGGAACAGACAGUGAUUAUGACAAUACCCAGGCCAUUGAACUACCACCAGGUAUUGCUGAUGGGAAGAUGGGAAGGGAUGAUGACCUCCAUCUAGAGUUUGACGAGCAUGAGGGUGAGCUAGAUCCAAGCCUUCCGAGUACAGAGGAUGUAAUCCUUAAAACAGAGCAGGUCACCAAAAACAUCCAGGAGCUGCUUCGAGCAGCACAAGAGUGUAAGCAUGAAAGUUUUGUGCCAUGUUCUGAAAAGAUUCACUCUGCUGUUACUGAAAUGGCUUCUCUUUUUCCAAAGAAACCUUCGCUGGAUACAGUUCGGUCUUCUUUGAAAUUGCUAAAUGCUAGUGCCUUCCGACUGCAAUGUGAAUGCAGGAAAACAAUUCCACCAGAGCCUGGUGCACCAGUUGAUAUUCAGUUGCUCACACAACAAGUCAUCCAGUGUGCCUAUGACAUUGCCAAGGCAGCCAAGCAGCUGGUUACUAUAACAACCCGUGAAAAAAAACAAUGAUGGUAAAGCACUUCAAUCACAUUCCAUAUUUUUCUGCUGUACAUUUGGGAGACUAAAGAAACGCAUAUUUCUUCAAAAGCAAACUGAAAUCCCUGUACAUAUGCUGAUUUAAAUACUGUGGAUUUUUUUUUUCCUGUGAUAGACUGUUUUGGCUUUCACAUUGAAGAAGGCUAGGAAAGGUUAAAUCUCCAAUGUUGUGGUAGAAUGCACCAGUCAUACUUAACCAGAAUCGCUACCACUACAUAAAUGACUUGGCCAAAGCAGAAGUUGCAGUGCAGUGAUGGCCAAUAACUGUCAACUUUGGACAUUUUGGCAAGAUGUAAAUAUUUACUUUUUUGACCAUCAGGUGAUGUUACACUGGAAUUCUUAACUCAAUUAAGUUGUUUUGAAAAGUACUAUGUGCUACAUAGGUGGAUAUUAACGCUGUAAAAUUUCAGUGCGACAAGGCAUCUUGCGUCCCAUUGACUUGUAUGGAAGAACUGCAAGCAAGUCAUUUCAACCACAUAGCCAUACCUUGAAUAUUUCUCUUAAGUUCUUGUUUGAGAGUAUCUAGAUUUAACAUGGACUAUCAAUGGGUUACUUGCUGCUUUAUUUUUCCGUCACCUGAAGCUGAAGAACCAUGGACCCUGUUAAAAGCUGUCAAAAAUACCAAGAGUGGGGUGCCUUUUCAUAUAGGAUACUGUGAACCUGUCUGUAACUGGCAACUAUCAAUACCAUUGCAUCUUUGUGCAUUGUAUGCCUUAUAACAGUUGAACCUUGUUGAACGGUAGUACCCCAUAGUAGUGUAGUUUCCACUCUUUGCUUUCUUAGUGGCACUAUUUUUUUGCAUUGACCACUCCAACGGUCAUAAAUCGUAGAGUGUAAGUUCAUAGUUUAGUAAAUUACUGUGCAAUGGCUCGAAAUGCUACUUGAUUACAACAAUCGGUUAUAUUGAAAGUUCGCCAUUGUUUAAAAGUCUAAACACUAUACUUUUCAUGUAUAUCACUUCCGAAAAUUUGGAAGAGAAUAUUUUCUUGAGCCACCUAGCAGUAACUGUACAGGAAUACUUUUGAACAUGUAGCUCCUUGUUGCCCAUAGGCACCAAAUAUAGGGGCAUUAUGCUGCCAGUAUGUUUCAUUGUACAGCAUACUGACGGUAAAUAUUAAUGGAGUGGCCAUUGCUAUACGACACUAAAGUCUGAUUUUCGUUACUCAUGAAUUAAGAAUCAUGAUGCAUUUAUUCACUUCUUUGAAAAUGUUCAUCCUUAAUUAAAACAAGUAACAUUUACAAGGGGGAACAAAAAACACUAUCUCCAGCAUUUAUGCAUUGACUUGACAUUUCAGUGAAAGAAAAUCUAUAUAUAAUAACUCUAGGAGAUGUGAAUUUUGAAUGGGAAGUGAUGUCACCUAAUCUUAACUUUUACAGAUUUCUUUUUUUUUAAAUUGAGCUUUGGAAAAUUUAUUAUCAUUCAGAAAGUUCUAAAUGCAUAAUAUUAAAGUUGUCUUCAUUUAGCCAAACCAAUUUUUUUAGAAAAUGAGUAAAUAUUGAUCAAGUUUUUCCACUCAACAUUAGCAAUUUGGAAAUUAAAUUGGAAUACUAGAAUUGCAGCUUCAAAUGCCUGAAACUAAGUUAGUUGAAAGGGAAUAGUAACUAGAGAGACUUUUUCAAUCUAUAUAUUAAAAGAAGCUUCAAUAAGUGAGAUUGUCAGAGGUAUGAACACUUAUUCAGAUUCUUUUUUCAAACCUAGCCUGAUUGAAUUCUAAGGCAUUCCAGAUUUGAGUGCAAAUUUAGUAUAUUAAAGUAAACUAGUAAAUGUGUCAUUUCAUUAUGUUAAAUGCUAGAAAUUUUCAUCACUCUAAACCAGGGUAACCAAAACCACUGCAUCCACGACACUAGGAUGAAUCGGUGGAUGAAUUCAGCUUGGGUGAAGGAUACUAGGUAAAGUCAAUUGUUGACUGAACAUGGAAGUAUUGCAAAUCUUUUUACUUGUGUUUAUUUGAUAAAUGCUCAUCAAAGCCAGAGGAAGAUUUGGUAAUGAAUAAUGGACUAACAUUAUAAAAUUUGAUAACUAUUUGUAUCAUGAAACAGUAAUACUACAGUAUGCUAUUCGGGUAAGAAAAAUACAGAAUUAAAGGCUGUUUCAGGGCAUGUUGCAGACUAAUCAUGCAGUACGUGGGCAGUGGGGCUUUGUUCUUUUGAACUGCCUCAAAUAUCUUCUUAACUUGACACCACACUUAGAUUUAGACCAUUAGAGCAUUUAUUAAGAAUGACUCAGAAAAGCAAGAGAAGGUGUUUGUGCUGUAAUUGUUUUAUAAGAAAGCUGCUGCUGGGAUGUUUGCCAACAGCAAGGGUAAAAAUCAGUAGUCUGACCUUGUAUGACAUUUGUGAUAAUGACUCACUACUGCCCAAUUCAAACACACUAUUUCGAAAUGCUAACAUCCUGUGUACAAGUAAUAUUGUUUGCUCAUUGCCUUUACCCCAGAGUGUUGUUUUUUUCUUUGAUUCUGUAAGUAUUGUCUUGUUUACAAAGUCAUGAAAUGUUAUAGGAUUUUCUUCCAGAACAUGUCCAAUUAGAAUGCCUUAACCACUAGUUUUUAAACUUUGGGAAGCAAUUAUCCAAUGGACAUUUAACAGUCGCAGAACAAACUAAUUUUGUCAGUAAUUUGCAAGUUCCACGUGUUGCAAAAAUAACACCUUGCCUAGUUACAGAAACAUUUCAGAACAGGCUUUUAACUGUCACGACUUUCAAGGUGAGAUCAGGUAAAGUGCCUUCUGCUUACCAUGGAUUGAUUUGUUUAUCUCCUGAGUCAAAUUGGGGCGCCAAACAAGCAGUAAGUUUAGUGUUCUUUACAGCAGGGGUAAAUUUGGCAUCCAGACCAACAUAGUGAUUCAGUACAGAUAGAUCAUACUUGGGCCAAAACUGCAAGUUCAUUAUCUGUUUAAUUUUACAAAAUCCAGCUCUAAAUAAUAGUCUCACAAAUCUGGGAGAGAUUAAAUAUACUGUAUCUCUAUUUAAAAUGUGAUUUGAUGGUAUCAUAGAUUUAUUUCCUGUAGCCUCUUUAACACUGCUUAUAAUCGUGUGGUUUUAGCCAUUUUUAACCAUGAAUUACUGCAGAUGUAAAACUAGAACCACAUACAGCAUAAUCCCUUCCCUUUCUCACUGAGCAACACAGUGAGAAAAUGGAAUAUAUCAGCAGGAAUUUUCACAGUGAAUGUCAGUAUAAAACGAGGGUUAUAAAAGCAUUGUGCUUUUAUAGUCCCCGUUAGUAGCUGUUAACUUACCUGACAUUUUAAGCUUCAUUGCCACUUUGGAAAUCCCUUCCAGCAUUCAGUAACUUCUGGCCUUAAGAGUGGAAUAAAGUAGAGAGGGGAGCAUAUUGAAUUUAGUGUUUCUAUUCUGAGAACGGAGAAUGUAUUAACUAAAAGAACUUAUAAAAUUUUGAUUUAAAAAUUUUGAAAUUGCAGUAUAAUUAACACUAUCCCUCAAAACAGUAAUAGCCAAUUUGUCAAAAAGGGUAUUUGCAUGAGUUAAUUGAUUAUGAUAUUGGAGCACACUUGAAGGGAGUGUGCCCAUCUAUGAUGUUUACCACCUGUCCAUGCAGUACAAUAAGCUACUACAAAAUCAACAUUCCACCCUGUGGAAUGGUUUGAAGCACAUGAAUGCCAAGUUGUAGAAUUUUACCAGUGAUCUUCUAAAAUUGAUCUGUUAUGAUACAACAGAAACAUUCUAGAGGGGAGUGAUGUCUGACUUAGAUAAUAUUGCAACACAUCUUUGAGGCACUAGAACUUUUACCAAUAACAGUUUGAAAUGUUAAUUUUACACUCACAAAAAUGAUGUAUAUAUUCUAAAGUAAACCAAUACUGCGGAUGGUUUCUAUCCAAUCCCCUGGAUUCAGAUGUUUAUAAACUACAUUUCAUACAGUUUUAGAAUGCUUUCUAAAGGGAUCCCUCUUGGGUCCAGCCUUGUAAUUGUUUUAUAUGUUCCAUUACUAACCCUUGAUGUGGUACAAAAGUUUUAUUGAAAAAAAAAUCCAAAUGUCUGAUAUCUCAAAUGGUGUUAAGCAUGCACUUUUGGACAAUUGAGUGCUAAAAGUUAUAUUUAACAAAGAUAGUCAGUGACCUGCUUACUGUUUCUUUUGUGCAAUGAAUGCUAAUUGUAACUAAUGCCAUUUAGAAAUGCACUCUAUUGUAGAUGGUAGUGGAAAUGUGGUGAUGGUGGUGAGCUUCCUUGUAAACUCAUCUAUUGUACAUUUGUAUUGAAAUAAAUACAUGCAGUUGUGCACAAUGCUUGCUCUACACAAUUAUUUUGGAUUAAAAAUAUUCAAAGAA